AUCACUCUAAUUUUUCUAGCUUUCCUUCUUUUACUCACUUUUCUGAUCUGUCUUCUAUCUAUGGCAACACCUUCAAUCACUCCUCAUGAAUCCUUUGCUUCGGAAUACGAUGUGUUCUUGAGCUUCAGAGGUGAAGACACACGCAAAAAUUUCACUGACCAUCUUUAUUCUGCGCUACAUCAAGCUGGAAUCCGCACAUUUAGAGACGAAGAGGAGCUCACAAAAGGAGAAUAUCUUGCUCCUGAUCUCGUGAAAGCAAUCCAAAGUUCAAGAAUCGCUGUGAUAGUCCUCUCGAAAGAUUACGCCUCGUCUAGGUGGUGCCUUGACGAAUUGGUGGAAAUUGUCGAGCUUAAGGAGAAGGGAAAACUUAGAGUUUUUCCUAUUUUUUACAACGUGGAUCCUUCCGAAGUGCGUAAACAAAGUGGGUGCUAUGGCAUGGCCUUGGUAAAGCACAAAGAGCGUUUUCGGGGAAGUGAUAAAGUACAAAAGUGGAUAGAUGCACUCACUAAAGUUGCCGAUAUGUCCGGAUGGGAUUUGCAAGGCAUGGCAAAUGGAUAUGAAGCCAACUUCAUCAAUUCAAUAAUCAAGGAGGUCCAACAGAUAGUAAGUCGUGUACCAAUGUUUAUUGUCGAACACGGAGUUGGACUUGAUUCUCGUGUUGAGCGUGUGGUUCAGUUAUUGCAAGGAGAAUCAAAUGAUAGCGUUCGUAUGGUCGGAAUCUAUGGUAUGGGGGGUAUUGGGAAAACAACUCUUGUCAAAGCCGUUUAUAACAAGCUUUUUGUAUACUUUGAAAGCAGCUGCUUUCUUGAGAUAGAUUCAGCAAUUUCAGGGCAAGAAGGUAAUGGAAUAAAUCUUGAGAAAGUAGACAACCAGAUAAAAAAUAUACAAAAGCAGCUUUUUAAGAAGCUUUUUAAUGAGGAGAUCGACAUUUGCAGUACAGACGAAGGAAUCAUGUUGAUGAAAAGGCGACUUCAAGCAAGAAAGUGUCUUAUUGUCCUUGAUAAUUUAGAGCAUAGAAAUCAAUUUAAUAAAUUAUGUGGAGGACGGGACUGGUUUGGUGGAGGAAGUAGACUUAUUUUAACCACAAGAGAGGCACAUGUUUUUAAAGCGUUGAAUGUGGAUGAACAUUAUGAAGUUAAGGUAUUGAACCAUGAGGAGUCUUUACAGUUGUUUAGCCUACAUGCAUUUGGAGAGCAUGCGUUGCAAAAAGAAGAUUAUAAUAAGCUUCUAAAUGGCAUAGUUGCUUAUUGUGGUGGACUUCCAUUAGCUCUUGAAGUUUUAGGGGCUUAUCUGUGUCAUAAAUCAAAAAAGGAGUGGAUUAGUGCUUUUGAAAAAUUGAAAGGAAUUCCACAUAAUGACAUUCAAGCUAAACUUAAGAUUAGUUAUGAUGGGCUUCCAGAUGAUCAUAUAAAAUCUCUUUUUCUUGAUCUUGUUUGUUUCUCCAGUGAAGUUUCUAAGGUGAAAAUUGAUAACAUGGGGUAUUUCUCAGACAUUGAAAUUCAAGACUUGGUUGACAAAUGCUUGAUAACUUGUAAGGGUUAUUGGGUUAGUAUGCAUAGCUUAAUUCGAGAGAUGGGGAGAGAAAUUAUUCGUUCGGAGUCACCCAACAAUCCUGGUGAACGUAGUCGAUUGUGGUGUCCUUAUGAUAUCCAUGAUGUACUUAUAGGGAAAAAGGGUACAACAAAGAUUGAAGUGAUUGUCUUCAACUACUCUCCUAUAAAAGAUGUGAAGUACAAUACAAAAGCAUUUAAGAACAUGGAGAAUUUAAGAUUUCUUGAAAUUGAUGAAGUCCAUAUUGAUGGAAAAUUCAAGCAUCUAUCGAGUUCCAAGGUGCUUAGAUGUUUGCGAUGGAACCACUGUCCUUUGAAAUAUAUCAAUAUUCCAUCAAGUAAUUCUUUUGAGAAGCUUGUGUGUCUGAAAAUAGAGAAUAGCAACAUCAAAGAAUUUAAAGCCCCUCUAAAGUAUUUUCCUUGUCUCGAGUCUUUGGAUAUCAAUAAGUGCCAUCAUCUGACAACAACUCCGAAUUUUAGCGGCUGUCAAAAUCUCCGUAAGUUAUCGUUUUCUGGAUGCUUAAGAUUGUUAAAGGUGCAUUCUUCCAUCGGAGAAUUGUGGAAAUUAGUUUAUUUAAGUUUUUAUGAAUGUCGAAAGUUAAAGAAACUUCCAAAGAGCCUCAGCCAUUUGCGGUCACUGCAAGAUCUUCAUAUGUCUGUUUCGUCAGAACUUAAACCUACGAGUACUUAUGGGGUGCUCUCCAACCUGUCUCAUUUGUCCAACCUUAAAUUUAUUUGGUUGGAUCUCUCCAAGAACGAAGAAGUACUCCAACAACUUCCACACACGGUUGAAUGUGUCAUAUUGUUUCAUUGUGACAAUCUAAAAAUGAUCCAAGAGCUUCCACUUAACCUUAAGAUUAUUGCUUUAAGUAGUUGCAAAAAUCUUAAAAUGCUUCCAAUUCUUCCUCCCAAUCUUAAGUGUUUUCUUUUAGAUGGUUGUGAAAAUCUUGAAAUGUUCCCGGGACUUCCUCCCAAUCUUGAGUACAUUUGGUUAUCUAGUUGCAAAAACCUUAAAAUGCUCACACAAUUUCCUCCCAAUCUUUCUCAAAUUGAGUUACAUGGUUGUGAAAACUUAAAAAUGCUCCCACAACUUCCUAACAAUCUUGAUAACAUUAGAGUAUCUCAUUGCACAAACCUUAAAAUGCUUCCAAAAUUUCCUCCCAAUGUUACUAAAAUCUGCAUAAGUCAUUGCCAAAGCUUGAAAUUGCUCACAGAACUUCCUCCCGGACUUCAAGAUCUUUGGGUUGAAAAUUGUGAGUUGAUCGAAAAAGUAUCAAACUUAUCAAAUUGUACGGGGUUGCAUUAUAUGCGUCUCAUCAAUUGCAAAAAGUUGAAGGAGUUUAAUGGUUGGGAGAAUCUUCAUUUCAUAAGGACAAUGACUUUUGAAGGUGUUCCCCAUACCAAUUUCUCAGAAAGCAUUAAGGAGAUUUUAAAACGCUCCACGAAUUCCAAUGGUCUUCUUGCUUCUAAUGAAAUUCCUGGUUGGAUUAGAUGUGAGAAAGAAAAAUCGUCAAUAUCAUUUCAAUAUCCAUCAGCGAAUUUGAAGAAUCAUACAUUGGAAUUUUAUGGAUUUGUUUUUUGGGUUGUGCUCAAUCCGGCCCCACUACUCCUACCACGUUUUAGUGAUUAUGGCAUCAGAAUUGAAAAGCAUGAUUCCGAAGCCUUCCCACAAACAUCGUAUGAUUAUGAUGGGAUCCAAUUAGAAGUGGAAGGAAUUUCAAUUUUGCAUGUCAUUACAGUUAAUGAACUUUACCAUAGAGGGUAUGGAGAUAUAAAAGCCGGAGAAGUCAUCAAAGCUACACCUAUAAUUAAAGUUUCUGAAUUUUACUUUAAACCAUUACCAUUACCAAGUGUAGGAGUUGAGGUGAAGGAAAUAGCAGUUAAAACAAGUAUGUUCAAGAAAAUAGGAGUUGAAGCAUUGUACAGAGAUAAAGAUGGUUCCCUACAACUUCUACCCCUCGCUAAAGUUGGGUAGAACACUGAAGAAGAAGAACUUCUUCAAGCGCCAAAUAUGAGACCCAAAAAUAUCAUUUUGUUCAUGUUGUGUACACAAGCCACAGUGUGUGGGAGGGGACCCCUUUUGAUUUGAACAAUGUCAUGGGUCUUGGAUGGGUUAUACGUGAUGAUCAGAGGAUAUUCUUGGCAGCGAGGAAUGCUCGUGUGUUGGGUAAUUAUGGUGUGAAAGAAGCUGAAGCGUUGAGUCUUAGGGUUAGGGAGGCUCUAAGCUGGAUUAAAGAUGCAGGUAUGGGGAAUGUGGAUGUUGAAAUGGAUUCUCAAAUUAUUUUUCAUGCAAUUACUUCUCCAUCUUUUUACUCUGCUUUUGGUUUGUUAAUUGAUGAUCUAAAAGAUUUAGCAUUUGUGAAGGGAUUUGAGAAUUGGCCGCUCCAGGAUCGGAGGUCAUCACUUCUGAGUCAGGUUGGGAAGAGUGGCCGGACAUUUCUCUAUUUUACCUUAUUCCAAUCUCAACCCAAUUUGUAGAUCAGUGGAGUUGGAGGGGGGACAUCCGGGGUGUAUAUACUGUGAAGGGUGGCUACCGGAUUGCUACAAGUCAACAUCAUCAUAUUCAAACCAUCCCUAGUAGAUGUUAAAAGACUUUUCAAAUUGGGAGAAUCUUCAUUCUAUAUGAACAAUGAGGUUAAGAGGUGUUUCCCACACUGAUUUCUCAUAAAGUAUUAAGGAUGUACAUAUGUUUUUCUCUCUC